CCCACCGGGCAGGGUCUCCUAUCUCAGACCUUUUCAGGAGUGAACAUGGUGAUGGAAGAGGUGCUGCCUAUGGAAAGCAGGGAGCUCCGGGGGUUGCUGGGGGACCCUCGCGAGGUGGACAGAACUCUGCUGCUGGACUGCCGGCCCUUCCUGGCCUUCUGUCAGAGCCACGUCCUGGAGGCCCGGCCAGUGCACUGGAACGCCUUGUUGCGCAGGAGGUCUCGAGGGGCUGCAGGCGUACAUCUGGACUGGCUGAUCCCCGACCGGACCUUGCUGGGCCGGCUGAGCCAGGGGGAGCUGUCCCGAGUCGUGGUGCUGGACGAAGCUAGUGGCUCUGUGGCGGAGCUCCGGACUGACAGUCUACCCCGAAUGCUGCUCACUGCCUUGCUCCAGGAGACUCGAGCUGGACCCACCGCUGUCUGCUUCUUACAAGGAGGCUUCGAAGGCUUUCAGGCCAGUUUCCCAGAUCUGUGUUCAGAACCUCCUGCACCGGCUUUGCCUCCACCUGUGACUGAGCCAGAGAGCAGCCGGCCAGGCACUGGGACUCCUUUCUACGACCAGGGUGGCCCUGUGGAGAUCUUGCCCUUCUUGUACCUGGGUAGUUGCAACCAUUCUUCAGAUCUGAAGGGACUUCAGACUCUGGGCAUCACAGCUGUGCUCAAUGUCUCUGCCAGUUGUCCGAACCAUUUCGAAGGCCUUUUCCGCUAUAAAAGCAUCCCUGUGGAGGACAACCAGAUGGUUGAAAUUAGUGUCUGGUUCCAGGAGGCCAUUGGCUUUAUUGACUCAGUGAAGAAUUCUGGGGGAAGAGUCUUGGUACAUUGCCAGGCAGGCAUCUCACGCUCAGCUACCAUCUGCCUUGCGUACCUGAUGCAAAGCCGCAGGGUGAAAUUGGAGGAGGCCUUUGACUUUGUCAAACAGCGUCGAGGGGUCAUUUCCCCCAAUUUUGGUUUCAUGGGACAGCUUCUGCAAUUCGAAACCCAAGUGCUCUGCCACUAG